AUGAAGUGUUGUAUGAAAUUAGAGGAAAGUGAUCCAGGCACACUGACAUUAUCGGAUGAGAUCGCCAGACACCUGGCAAAAUAUUUGAAGCUUUAUGGGGGGAGCGCGACAUUGUUCACCCCUCAGCUGCUAUCCUGUGCCACUGUAGUGCGGGAGCACUCCAAGGCUGGCAUCUUUGUGUCAUUGCCUGACUUGAAGACUGUCAUAAACAACGACCUGCGCAUUAAGAGUCACCUGUGGUUCCACAAGACUGUGGACUACUGCCCCUCCACCAUUCCCAAAUCCAAACCCACUGCGUUGGCAGCAGCAGUCCCAGAAAAUGUGGCAAAAACUAUUGCAGAAUCCAUCCCAGCAAUUAUUCCCCUUUAG